UUGUUUAACGGUAUUUAUAAAUUAAGGUUUUCUCCAGACGGAAAGUAUCUUGUUUGCUUCCUUUGUGAUUAUCAUACGGUAUCAGUUCGAAAUUACGUUGGUUACCAUAAAGUUUCCACUGCACCAUCUACAAAUUCAUUGUUUGAUGUUGUCUUUCCUGAGCGUUUUUCACUGAAUUUGUGUCUUGCAGCACGAGAGGCAUCGCUGCUUAACUACAAUUGCGUUUUUUUCACCCAAGACUCUAAAUAUUUGAUUGUGGCAACAGAAGCUCAGGUUCCAGAAUAUGUUCCAACCAUCUCUCAAGUUUAUCUUAACAAUGAGUCACUGCAGCCUUUGUCUUCUCAGUCCUUGAAUACUGUUUGUUUUUAUUGCAUCAAUUUAGAGGUCGGUAAUGUUUGUGACACGUUCACUUUGAUGGUAGAUCGUGUAUGGGUUGCUCACGGGGUACAUCUAGUUGGAAGAAUAAUGGCAGUUCUUUCUUUGCAACAACAAACUAUUCAUAUCAUGCAAAUUAGUGACGAUGGCCAUUUUACAGCACUAAAGCAACUAGGAAAAGUGUUGUAUGAAGAUGAUAGUUAUCGGCUGGCAAGCUGCUAUAUUAUUGGUUCCAUUGUAGGUAUGAAGCAACGUUUACUUUCUGUUCUUUAUGAAAAAGCACGUAGGGAAGGCAAAAUAGACCAGUUUUUGCACAAUUUUGAUUAUCUCUGCGGUUUUCGCAUAUGGCAAUUGCAGUUUGUGUUACCCGAUGUUCUUUUACUUCGUUUUGUAAAGCAAGAUGCUUUUGCAUCAAAUGCUACAAUCAACUCUCAACCUGCCAUUUUCGUUUUCAUGAAUUGGAGAUCUUCCGAAAUAAUAGCUGUUUUUAAUAAGUACUCAGAUCAGUUCCUAUGGAUUGUUGAAAAUUUUUAUGAGCAUUUUAAAAAUCCUCAUGUAUUAGAUAAUCGGUUUCCAAUGACUAUGCAACAUUGUAUAUAUGACUAUGAAAGGCAUUGUCGACUGAAGCAUUUCUACGGCAUUAAUGAAGGCGUCAAGGUUGGCAUACAAAGACAAAUACUUUCUUGUUUGCCGUAUUCUACCGCAUACGCUCCUAUUGAUACGCCGUACUUAGAUCCUGCUAUGUUUAAAUACGAUGAUAUGUUGCUGACAUUUAUGGAUAGGAAGGAUUUUCCACCUAACGAAAGAUUUAGGUUCUUCUCGCGAGUGACAUCACAGCCGGUGUUUGAUAUUAAGCUUAGUGGCAAAAGGUCUGUGCAGCUGUUGUUUCACCCCUAUGAACCAUUUGCGUUUUCUUUCGACAGGUCUAUCGGAGAGGGAACAGGCACGUUUCACGUGCCUUAUUCUGCAUUACAGUCCUCGUAA